AUGAGAUUACGGAAACAGGCGUUUAACGCUAUAUUAAGGCAAGAAAUCGGUUGGUUUGAUAGAAGCGAGAACAGCACCGGUAGUCUGUGCUCACGACUGGCCUCCGACGCGGCAAAUAUACAGGGCGCUUCUGGAUCGCGAAUGUCUGCUAUAUCUCAAGCGAUGUCCACAUUUAUAGCUUCGUGUAUAUUCGGCUUUUUCUACAAUUGGAAACUAAGUCUCGUUACUCUGGCAUUCAUGCCAUUCAUCAUCUUCUCGGUCGUGGUUUCCAUGAAAAUUGUCUCAAAACACUCGACCAGUGAUAAGGAAGCGGCAGAAAAGGCCUCAAAGAUUGCCAUCGAAGCGAUCGGCGGUAUUCGCACUGUUGUCUCUCUAAACCAACAAAAAUAUUUUCUACACAAAUUUACUCAAGUAUUGGCCGAAAAGAUAAAGCCAGCGAAGAGGCGCUGUAUAUACAAUGCCAUAGCACUUGGUUUUGCGGAAUCGAUGCCUAUGUUUGCCUAUUCGGCUGCCUUUCUAUACGGAGGUGUUCUCAUCUCCAAGAAUAACAUCAAAUCCGGUGACUUUUUCAAAAUUAUUGAGACAAUGCUUUACGGAGCGAUGGUUAUCGGCCAGAGUGUCAUCUUUGCGUCCGAUUAUCAAAAGGCAAAGAUUUCGGCACAAAAUAUGUUUCGUCUGAUAGACAGACAGCCGUUAAAUCAUAGCAAUAAUAACAGCCCUAAUGAGAAGCCCAGUGAAUGUAAGGGUGAGCUCUCGUUCCGAGGCAUUCACUUCUCGUAUCCAAAUCGGUCUGAAGUAAGUGUUUUGAAUGGACUGUCAUUUAAGGCCAAAAAGGGAGAAACAGUAGCGCUCGUCGGCUCCAGUGGUUGCGGAAAGAGUACUACUAUUCAACUGUUGGAGCGUUUCUACGAUUCAGCUCAAGGAAAGAUU